AUGGAGGUGAGACCCCCGGUGGGCUCUUCACUCAUGAAGGUUCCUCGAACUCUGAGAUGUGCCAGAGAGCUGUGGUAUCAACAGGUGGAACAUCGCGCCUUGCUGUCGACCCUGCAGCUGUUGUAUACUGUCGGGUACUCCCUCUCCAUCGUCUCCCUCUUCCUGGCUCUCACCCUCCUCUUGUUUCUUCGAAAACUCCACUGCACACGCAACUAUAUCCACAUGAACUUGUUUGCCUCUUUCAUCCUGAGAGCCCUGGCUGUGCUGGUGAAAGACGUCAUCUUCUACAACUCUUACUCUAAGAGGCCCGACAGUGAGAAAGAGUGGAUGUCCUACGUGUCAGAGGUGUCCACUUCCUGCCGCUCGGCCCAGGUUCUCCUGCACUACUUCGUGGGGGCCAAUUACUCAUGGCUGCUGGUUGAAGGCCUUUACCUCCACAUGCUCCUGGAGCCCAUAGUGCUUUCGGAGAGGCGACUGUGGCCCAGAUACCUGCUGGUGGGUUGGGCUUUCCCGGUGCUCUUUGUCGCACCCUGGAGCAUCGCCCGUGCUCAGCUGGAGAACACAGGGUGCUGGGGAACCAACAGGAAUAAGAAUAUCUGGUGGAUCAUCCGAGGACCCAUGCUGCUGUGCGUAACGGUCAAUUUCUUCAUCUUCUUGAAAAUUCUCAAGCUUCUCAUUUCUAAGCUCAAAGCUCAUCAAAUGUGCUUCAGAGAUUAUAAAUACAGAUUGGCCAAGUCCACGCUGGUCCUCAUUCUGUUAUUGGGUGUUCAUGAGAUUCUCUUCUCUUUCAUCACUGACGAUCAAGUUGAAGGAUUUCCAAGAUAUAUACGACUCUUCAUUCAGUUGACUCUGAGCUCCUUCCACGGACUGCUUGUGGCCUUGCAGUAUUGCUUUGCCAAUGGAGAGGCUUGUCCUGCUCUGUACGACAGAGGCUGCGUACACUCACCGCCUCAGCGUGCCCUGUCAUCCUCAUCACCCCCGCAGUUGUGUUUUCCAGAAUGCCACCAGCCUCCCGGGCUGGGCCCAUAUUCGAGUGAAUGGAGCCCUAGGAUACAGAGAGACGUCUGCUAUGAAACAGAGGCCAGCCGCUAUCCUUCCUUUACCCUUCAUGGUACAAGGUGUGUAUCUGAAGUCGGGUUCACUGUGUCCAAGGACCACCUGCGAAGUGUUUUAAAUGCAGAGUCUGACUCGUGGCAGAGAUGCUAGGAGGGUGCAUCUGGGACGAUGGCCGGUGAUGGCAAUUGUGUAACGAGCGUCCCAGGUAAUUCUGAUACGAGCCCACAUUUUGGAAACCUGGGGCCGGAUGCGCAGGAGCCAGAAGCCCCUCUGAGCUGGCCGCUGGCGGGAGAGACCACCGGAGUUCUGCAUUCAGCAGUUCAGCUGUGACACGCCUGCCCUCCUCUGACAGGGUGGACCGCACUCCGCCCCCCAGAGCCCUCUCCUUCCCUUCUCUCUUCUUCCUCUCUUGUCAAGUCUUCCCUCCCUCUCUCCAUCUCAGGUCUCAUCCGUGGGCGGCAGCAGCAGCAGCUCUGUUUGAUCUGUAACGAGCCCAUCCUUCCUCGGAGGGUGGGCCCCAGCACCCAGGGCCCCUCUGAAAGUUGCUGUUGGUCAUUUUCUCACUUUUCUGCCUCCACCUGCCUUUCUGAGCUUUCUGGCUUCUUCAGGCCUCACUUGCCUACCGUUCUUUGCCAUUUUUGGUUUGCCGUUGAUACCUGGAUGGCUGUACCUUCUGCUCUGGGAGGUGUGCCCGCUGUUCUCCCGGCCCUGAGUCCCCACUGAUAAGGGUCCCACUCCUCGUGUGGAGUUGGUUGCUGAGAGCUGGAGGGGACCCAGCUGAAAUGAGAGGACUGUGGCUGAUCUGGACACGCCGAGGAGGCACCGAGGGGGCCGGGGCUGUGGACCCGGUCUGCAGGUGGGGAGUAAGUUGUACCCGGACCCUGAGUGGAGGGUGCUUCUGGAGGCUGAGGAGGGCCCAGGCAACUAGGGCCAGGCUCAGUGGCUGCAACUGUAAGGCAAGAGGCUGAGGAAGGUCAAGGGAGGAACGUUCUAUGGAGAAACAGCGUGUCAGUUCUCAGGAGCGACACUUUUAUAGCGGGUAAGAUGUAUGUGUACGUGGGUGGCCGGGGUAUGAUGCUGUGGGACCAAGUCCUGCCUUAUAUUAGGGGGAGGGGCGAUAUGAUACUUAUCAAGUAGGGGUGCCAGGUUUUGCAAUUAAAAAUAUACA